AUGACAAGUGGGCGCAGGCCAGUGCAACAUCCGGGAAUAAUGAAGUAUAUCAUGCCUCCAUUAGACAUCUCUGAUUCAAGGACAUUUCUUAACAUUAAAAGGGGUAUAUUACAAUAUGUGUGGCUCAAGCCAAUCAUAUGUUUUGCUACUUUAUUUUUUGAAAUAAUCGGUUGGUACAAUGUAAAUGAUAUGACAUGGGGAUCAAUUUACUUGUGGUUGACUUUGAUUUACAAUGCCAGUGUUACUUUAUCAUUAUACAGCUUGGCUAUAUUUUGGAAAGUAUUAUGGGAUGAUUUGAAGCCGUUUAAACCAGGUGGAAAAUUUCUUUGUGUUAAAUUGAUAAUUUUUGCAUCUUAUUGGCAAGGUGUCAUAUUGGCAAUUUUAAAUUUCUUUCAAGUAUUACCUGGAAGUGGCGACGAUACAAACGAAGGGGGCAGUAUUGGAGUCUCGAUUCAGAGUGCGCUACUUUGUAUUGAGUUGAUUGCAUUUGCUAUUGGUCACUGGUACUCUUUUUCUUAUCAUCCAUUUACCGUAUCGCAAUUGCCCUGGGGAAGAUAUAAGUUCAAAUAUGCAUUAAAAGAUUGGCUUGGCUUUAAAGAUUUAAUAAUUGAUUUUCAAAAGACAUUCGAUGGUGAACAUUACAAAGAUUAUCGACAAUUUGACUCUGUUGAAGCUAUGGUUGCACAUCCUGAUUCCAAGGGGAGGAUGAGUAGAAUCCACCAAGGAUUAAGGUAUCAUUAUGAUGGAAAACAUAAGCACUGGUUGCCCGAUAGUCUGAGUGUUGUUACCUCACCAGGUGUAAUACCGAGUACAUCUGAGAUCCAUGCACUUCAACCUGAUAACGCCUCUAUAUUGUCGAACAAUACAUCAAUGCGAGCAAUGUAUUCCACGUCGCCAAAAAAUUCACCUCCGGGGUCACCCAUUUUUGAAGAGGAAACUAGGUCAAUUACAUCAACUGCCUCGCUUUCUAUCAAGGAGCAAAUCAAUAAUGAUUUAUUAUUGUCAACAAUAGAUUACUCCGACGAGCGAUUUGAUGAGGAUGAAGUAAUUUAUCAAGAAGCGAUUGAUACAAUAGGGAACUAUACUUUAGAAGAUCCUCACACAAAGAGUAUUUUAAACUAUCCUAUUAUUGAUGGUGUCUUGGACAGUCAUGCCUAUGGAUUCAAAGUACAAAAAUUGAGACAGCGACAGCAAAACAUGAGACAACAAAAUUUACAAAAGCGUAGCAAUAACAUAGAUAAAAUACAACUGUCGAAUCAAAGUUACCGAUAUGGAAGCAUUGUAUAG